AUGUAUUUCAUUAUAAUCCUGGAGAAGCAGCAGCAGCAGCAGCCGCAGCAGCAGCGGCAGCGGCGUCGGCAGCAAGUUCUUACUGCAGCCUACAAAGCAGCAGGCCUCCUUUGGUCCCUAGACUCCACAGUGGUUGUCUGGCAGCAGGAGCAGCAGGAGCAGCAGCAGCAGGACGAGCAGCAGGCGCACGCGAACAACAACAACGGGACGGUUGGCAGCAACAGCAACAGCAGCAGCAGCAGCAGGAACGGCAGCAGGGCUGUGGGACACAAGAGUGCGGUCUGCUCCGUGGCGGAGCACCGAGGGUUUUUAGCUUCAGGAGAUUGGGGAGGAGAGGCGAGGGUUUGGCGUCGUGAUGAUGGAGUCUUGCUGCAUGUUUUGAAGCAAAACCACGCCUUUGCAGUGUGCUUGUGCUGGCUGGGCGAGGAGUUAGUGACGGGGUCUCAAGCAAAAAGUAUUUGCUUCUGGACUGAAGAGGGGCAGCUUAAGAAGUGCAUUGAGGCUGCUCACGAGGACAUCAUACGCUCUCUCGCCGCCCUUCCCCCUGCCUCCAGCAGCAGCAGCAGCAGCAGCAGCAGCAGCAGCAGCAGGUUUGUGAGUGUAUCUAACGACCGGUGCAUCAAGCUGUGGGGAGGAGACGGCCAAUGCCUUGCAACGAAGCAGGACGCCCACGAGGCCUUUAUCUUCGAGGCUGCAGGUCCCUCUGUCUCUCUGCUGCAGCAGCUGCAGCACCCAGCUACUGUCUGGCAGGUAGUGGAGUUGCCCACAGGCGACGUGGCGACGGCGUGUGAAGACGGAGCACUGCGUGUAUGGACAGCAGAUGAAGCGCGGGCGCUUCCGGCUGACGUCGUUGCUGCAGCAAGAGCAGAGGCCGAUGCUAGACGCAUCGGUGCAAAGGAUGGCGAAUUGGUGGUACGUUCAGCAGCUGCAGCAGCAGCAACAGCAGCUGCAGUUAAGGCAAAAGCAGCAGCAGCGGCAGCAGCGAAGGGAACAAGAGCAGCAGCAGGCGCAGAAAAAGAAACAGAAACGGCAGGAGCUGCAGCAGAGAGAGCAGCUGCAGCAGGGGCAGCAGCUGCAGCAGCAAUAGCAACAGCGAGGGGCGCACUGCUUGUGUGUUUAGGGGACUAUGACUUUGUGUUUAAUGUCGAGAUUGGAGAGGAAGGCUCCUACAAGAAAUUUCCGUACAAGUACGCAGUGGUUGGCUGUUACUCUCUUCAGCUAGCGAGCCGCCGAGGCGAGAACCCGUUGGUGGUAGCUGAGAAGUUUAUAGCUAGGGAGAAUUUGCAUAAGACCUACUUGCAGCAAAUUGUCUCCUUUAUUAUCGCUAACAGCGGCGGGGCUGCAGGAGCUGUCUCCUCGGGGGCUGCCCCGUCCAGUGCAGCAGCAGCAGCAACUGCAGCAGCAGGUAGCAGCAGCAGCAGCAGCGGAGACAGCGUGCAGAAACGCUUCCCCGUGCUGGAGUGUGUCUCCUUUGUUAAAGCUAACAUGGAAGGACUUAAGAAGGGACUGCUGGAGGCUCAGCAGAAACUCAAAGAACAAUCAAACCAGGCCCAGCUGUCUGCACUGGAUGAAACGUAUCUUGUUGCUGCUCUCGACAAGCUGCGCAGCAGCAAUUUUCUGAAGGAGAACUUCAGGGCGAGCGAAGUGCACGUGAUGAUGCAGCAGCUGUCUCUUUUCCCUGCUGUCUUUCAAUUGCCUGUCUUUGAUUUGUGGCGUCUCUUCUGUCUCCAUCCUCAGUACUCUAUGGGCUGCAAGAAUACUACAAACAACGGAUGGGACUUUGUGCAGCUGGCGCUGCAGCGCAUCAAGGAGACAUGUGCUGCAGCACAGCAGCAGCAGCAGCAGCAGCAGCAGGUGCAGGGAGCGGCUGAUGUUGAGCUUGCGUUGUGCGAGUUGAUGAUGGAGGUGAUGAACACAGAGACAGACCCACAGCUCUUUUAUCAUUGUGUUGCGGGGGCGGGUACCCUGCUGUCUGAUAGCGUGACACGGCAGCAGCUGCAGCAGCAGCAGCAGCUGUUGCAGCAGCUGCAGCAGCUGCUGCCUCCCCUCAACGAACGCGUCCACCCUGAUCUACCUCUUGGUGAGGCAACACAAGAGCUCCUCAAUCUCAUUGCAUGA